AACUUAAGAGCUGAGGCCGGGCCGGAAGUACCUUUUACCCGACCCCAUUUUAUCCGCGGCCGCACUUCCGCUAGCGGCGGCGGGAAGCAGACUACUGGCGGGCGUCUAGGCCUCUGCCGAAAGGAAUCCGGCGGGAAUCGGAGCCAUCAGAACCGCCACCAUGACUGUGGGCAAGAGCAGCAAGAUGCUGCAGCACAUCGACUACAGGAUGAGGUGCAUCCUGCAAGACGGCCGCAUCUUCAUUGGCACCUUCAAGGCUUUUGACAAGCAUAUGAAUUUGAUCCUCUGUGACUGUGAUGAGUUCAGGAAGAUCAAGCCAAAGAACUCAAAACAAGCAGAAAGAGAAGAGAAGCGAGUCCUUGGUCUGGUGCUGCUUCGGGGGGAGAACCUGGUCUCAAUGACAGUAGAGGGACCUCCUCCCAAAGAUACUGGCAUUGCCCGAGUGCCGCUUGCUGGAGCUGCCGGGGGCCCAGGGAUUGGCAGGGCUGCUGGCAGGGGAAUCCCAGCUGGUGUUCCGAUGCCCCAGGCUCCCGCAGGACUGGCAGGGCCAGUCCGAGGGGUUGGUGGGCCAUCCCAACAGGUGAUGACCCCGCAAGGAAGAGGGACUGUGGCCGCUGCUGCAGCUGCUGCCACGGCCAGCAUCGCGGGGGCCCCAACCCAGUACCCGCCUGGCCGUGGGGGUCCUCCCCCACCUAUGGGCCGGGGGGCACCACCUCCAGGCAUGAUGGGCCCACCACCUGGCAUGAGGCCUCCCAUGGGUCCCCCGAUGGGGAUCCCCCCUGGACGAGGAACUCCGAUGGGCAUGCCCCCACCGGGGAUGCGACCCCCUCCCCCGGGCAUGCGAGGCCUUCUUUGACCCUUGGCCACAGAGUUAUGGAAGUAGCUCCACAGAGGCGUGGGCCCGAUUACCACAGACCUGUUUGUUUGUUAUGCCGUUGUUCUCGGAGUCUCACGGGAUUGUCUGGUUUCCCUUUCAGGGCCCCCUCCCCUGGGAAUGCGCCCACCAAGGCCCUAGACUCAUCUUGGCCCUCCUCAGAUCCCUGCCUGUUUCCCGUAAGGCUGUACAUAGUCCUUUUACUUCCUUGUGGCCUGUGAAACUAGUUUAUAAUAAACUCUUAAGAAUAUUUAAGUGUAUCUGGUAUGUCUGUUUAAUUUUAGAAAAUGGGGUGCUUAAUACAGUCAAGAAAGAUUCCUUGGAAAAGCUAGUGCUAAUCUCAGCUGCUUCCCUUACAAAAUAUUUUACUGCACAUUUGCAGAGAUGCACAGCAUACUGAGAAUUCACACAAUUGAACUAUGAGACAUUUUCACAUACCAGACUGGCAAAGAUUAGUUUGUUGAAGUAAACACUCAU